AUGAAUGUCUCAAAUGAACCGGAUUCUUGGUCCGAUGAAGAAAUUCCCGGUUUAUGGUCUUCUUGGAAUGACAGAGACUACUCUUGCAUCUAUAGAGUGCCGAACCAAUUGCGGAGAGUGAACCCCGAAGCAUACACUCCUCAGAUGCUUCUCAUCGGUCCUCUUCACUAUUCUAAGAAAUUCGCUAAAACAGAUUCAAGAUAUGUGGACUAUAUUAACAUGGAACGUUACAAGAAGAGGUACCUUAAGGAAACUGAAAAUCUAUAUGGGACUCAAACGGUGCAAGAGUUCAGGAGAAUCAUUGAGUUACAUGAGCCACUCAUAAGGGGAAGCUAUGCCGAAUCAACGGAGUGGAUCGAGUCCAAACAAUUCGUGGAAAUGAUCCUCCGCGACUCAGUGUUCAUAUGGCGGUUCAUCGAUCGCUUCCGAGAGCCGAACUCAUAUAACCCGAGAGAUGUUCUUUUCAACCAGCCUUGUAUUUUAGGCAUUGUCUUCGAAGACCUCAUCUUGCUGGAGAACCAACUUCCUUUCGCCACUCUAACAGCACUCUUCGAUCCAUUCUUCACAAAGCUUGAACGUCAAGAAACGUUCCGUGACAACAUAAUUAAAGUUUUCGGAUUGGAGGAAAAGAUCAGAAGGGAUCUGAAUUUCUUACAUUUGACGGAUUUGUUUUGGCAUGUCAGUGUGGUGACACUUGGUGUACCGGAAGGGCUGCCAUGGACGCCGAUAACGCAUCUGGUCAACGCAGACAUGCUAAACUGUGCAGGAGUAGAGUUUGAAUGUCUUGACAAUGAAAGUGAAACAUCGUUAGCGAUAAAAUUCGACGCGGGAAAAGGAAUCUUGACAAUGCCUCAUUUCACAGCGAAUGAAGGACACGAAAAGUAUUUGAGGAACAUUAUGGCACUCGAGCAAUCUCAUUACCCUUACUCAGCCUAUGUUUGUAGCUACAUCAACUUCUUGCGAUUCCUCAUUCAAACUGAGAAAGACGUUGACUUGCUUGUCAAGAAAGGGAUUAUAAGAAACUGCUUGGAAAGUACUCAAGGAUCAGUGGCGAAAAUGCUGCAUAAGCUGUGUGAAGGGGUCGUUUUCACCGGCUCUAACUACUACCAUUUAGCCCAAGAACUCGAACAACACUGCCAACGCCGUUACGCCAUUUUAUAUUACAACUUGUCGAUAGCCGCACUCCGGCGAGUAUACUUCAAAGACCUUUGGACCGGAACUGCCACGGUGAGCGCCGUUGUUCUCCUCGUGCUGACUUUGAUCGGGACGGUGGCUUCAGUCCUCCAGGUUACGAACUCAAACAAUUCCACAAAGUCACCGUAG